AUGGCGGGGCCGCUCCUGUCAAGUUGUCGCGGCGUUUCCUCCCUGAAAUCUCGCACCGGCGCUCUGUUUCUACAUACCUCGUCUUGCGGCAAUGCAAAUGACAAGUUGCCUCCGAGGCGCCAGGAAGUCCGCAGCCGAGGAACUGUGCCAGCGGCGAUUAGAAACCGCGGGCCGGCGAUGCGCGACCGGCCGUCCCCUGCGCACGGCACGCAGCGGGCCCCGCCCCCACCGCCCCCGCCUUGCCGCCCCCGAGGCAACCCCGCGACGCAGCCGGCGCACUCCACCGCCGCCCGCGACAUGCACUCGCUCACGGUGACGCUUCUGCUGGCGCUGUCUGCCGGGACGUCGUAUGGUCAGCAGGCGGCCGUGGCGGAGGCGGCGCCGCUGCCGGCUCCGGCAGCGCAAGCCCAGUUCGGCGGCGGGAAUGGCGGCUUCCCGCCAUACCAUUUCUUCCCGCCGUACUUCAACGGCUUCAACGGCUUCGGCGGUGGCGUCGGCGUCGGCGGCGCACAGGGCUCCUCUUCCGACGCAUCCUCCUCCUCAGUGGCGAGCGACGCCGGGGGCGGAUUGGGCGGUGUGGGCGGCGCGGGCGCGCCUCAGCAGGUGAGCUUCAGCGUGGGCUACCAGCCGCAGUCGGCCGCCCCCGGCGGCGGCGGCUUCCAGGGCGGCUACCGCUUCGGCUUCGGCGCGGCCCCCGUGGGCGGCGCCGACUCGGUCGCCCCCAGCGUGGCGCAGCCCGCGGCCGCCGGCGGCAGCAUCGGCUUCUACGGCGCCGCCCCCGCACUGGGCUCCGCCUCGCCCUUCCUGGGCUCUGCAGGCGGCUUCGGCACGCCCUCGCAGCUGGCCUCCGUGCCGCUGACCGCCGGCGGCCGCUUCGCCUUCGGGAGCGGCGAGGGCGGCGCGGGGGCCGGCGGGCAGUUCAGCGCGCCGCAGCCGCAGCUGCCGCAGCAGUUCGCCGGCGGCUACCGGCAGUUCGCGCCCCCGGCCUUCGGCGGCUUCGGCGGCUACCAGGGCGCCAAAAGCGGCGCCGCCAGCGAGGCGGGGGCAGCGCCGUCCCAGGCCGCCGCCUCCUCCGCCCCCGGCGGCGCUCUCAGCAAGCACUCCGUCACCAGCAUCCAGGACGAGAUCACCAAGCGCCAGUGA